AUGGGCGUCGUUUACUCCCAUCUGAGGGAUGCUUAUUAUGGCCUCGGCGGACUCCUCGCCACGAUCGCCGAGGGCGGUGACUCUUUCAAUCAAGCCCUAGUACGCAUCAACGCCCCACGGUUGCCGAUUAUGAAUAGUACGACGGCGUUUUGGCAGCAGCAACCCCCGUAUCCAGAGCUUGUAAACAUACACUCAGACAAACUCUCGGAUUCUGCCGACAUUGUGAUAAUUGGAUCUGGCAUGUCUGCAGCCAGUAUUGCGCACACCAUCUUGAAGGAGAGUCAAUCAAUCGGACUCCCACGGAAGGUUGUCAUUCUGGAAGGAAGAACGAUAUGCAGCGGGGCGACCGGUAGGAAUGGCGGCCAUAUCAAGGUUGCUCCAUACGUUGAAUACCCCAAAGCCAAGAAGAGAUUCGGCGCUGCGAGUGCGCGAAAAAUUUUAGCGUUUCAUAUGAAGCAUCUACCAUUUAUCCUUCAGCUGGCCCAAAGAGAAGGGCAUGACAAAGGUGAAGUAAGAGAAGUGCAGGCUAUUGACGCAUUCACGGACCCAAAAAUGCUGCACCUAUCCGUGGCACAACUGGACAUACUUAAAGCUGAUCUGCCUAUAAUUGCGGAAGGGAUAGAAGUGCUAGACGCCAAAACGAUUCAAGAGAGGUUUGGCUUCAGUGACCAUUUUCAUGGAGGUAUCCAAUACCGUAGCGGUGCCAUGUGGCCAUACCGCUUUGUCACCUCUAUCUAUACUUCGCUAUUAGAUGGGUUUCCCGACGAACUUUCGAUCGAAACAGGAACGGCGGUACAGGAAAUCAAGGUUGCAAGCGAUCUUAGUAUGCCGUUUGUCCUGAAGACGUCUCGCGGCGACAUCAAAGCUUCUCAAGUUAUCCAUGCCACAGACGCUUCCACGGCUAACCUGAUCCCUGGUCUAGUUGGGAAGUUGUUUCCUGUCCGCGGGCAUAUGUCAGCUCAGAAGCCUGGGAAAUCAUUCCCAAACUAUAACGGUAGUCUCUCCUGGUCCAUAGUCAAUAGCAAGGACUAUGAAUACAUCUCGCAACGACCUGGGCUACCUGAUGGGGUGGAAGGCCUCGGAGCAGAGAUAAUGACAGGGGGAGGUACCUCCCAUGGCAGUGGGGGGAGUAUAGGUGAGGUGGGCCAGUGGAGUGACGGCGAGAUCAGCCAUCCGACCGCAUCGUAUCUCACAGGCGUCCUACCAGUCUCUUUCAGGAAGGAAUUCUGGGGAGAAGAUGCCGAUGGAUCAAGGGUAAAAGAAUUGUGGACUGGGUCAAUGGGCUACACUCUCGACAUGAUGCCCUACAUUGGUCGGCUUUCGUCAAGUUUAACUCAGCGCCCUUUCAUAACUCAACCAAUGAAAUCUCAUGCGACCGAUACAAGACCAGGUCCUUCAGAGUGGAUCUGCGCCGGUUUCAAUGGCUCAGGCAUGGUUUUGACAUGGCUUAGCGGAGUAGCGACGGGUUUGAUGGUCCUUGGACGUGAGAAUGUAAAAUCUGAAGAGCAAUACUGGAAGCCGGACGGGAUUGUGCAAGAGUGGCUCCCGGACGAGUUUGUCUGUUCUCCAGAAAGGGUCUCUCGUGGCAGCAUCUACGAGUUUCCCAGCCUGAUAUGA